GUCAGGCAAAAAUUUAUCGUUGAAAAUAAUAUUUAGCUCAUCUGGAGAUACAUAUUCAGCUUUGGAUUUGUCAAAAGAUAUUGUAUUUUCAUCCACAUCUACAAUGAACAGAAUAAACAAAGGGCUCCAUAAACGUGACGUAUUCAAUUUAUCUUAUAUUUGAAGUCAAUUUAGCAUGUAUAUGUGUACUGUCUUUCUACAUAAAGGAAGAAAAUAAUUCUCUUCAUUCAGAUAUAUGCAUCUUCCCUUUCAAACAAUUCAGUGAGAAAGUGUUGUUUUUUGUGCACUGUGGCUGCUGCAUAUAUUUGGUUCAUUUGUAAAUCACUUGCUAAUGAAUAGCCACAACAUUGGUUGCCAAGAGAGGACUCAACGAGAUCUUGACUUGGAUGUAUAUGAUUAUGAAUCCGAACAAUUUUUUGAGAAAAAGGCUUACCACAGGGGAGUUCUUGAAGCAGGGACAAUACCUCAGGACUUGAUUAGCCCUGCUAAUUCAUCCAGCACAAUGAUGAGCUAUACUAGUUUACCAACUUCUGCUUUUUACGCAACUGAAGUAUACAUGGGGCUUCCUCAGGUUAAUUAUCAAGUUGGUAGUUCUACUUCUUCUCCAGAAUUAUCCAAGAAUUAUGAUGCUCAGAUGGUCUCCUAUCAGCCAUACGAAAACGAAUUUGGUACUGAAUCCCUGGAACGAACCAACCAUUGGCAAGGUGACUCCUGUAACUAUCAGUACAGCUUUGAUUAUCAGAAAUCUUAUUCUGAGAGAGACCAGCUUUUGCAGCUCAAAAGAAAGUUGCUUGGGAAUUUCAACACUCCAGAUAAUAGGAGGCAAGUAUCAAUACCUUUCGGUGGAAAUACUGAUAUUAGUAUCUCACACAGCUUGUAUGCUGAUCGACUUGAAUAUACAAGGCAAUCCGCAAGAACUUCUUGUAAUACUGCAGCUGCUAUAUCAAAUAAGACGCGAAUCAGAUGGAGUCAAAAUCUUCAUGAUCGGUUUGUUGACAGUGUGAAUCGCCUUGGCGGUGCUGAAAAGGCGACACCAAAGGCAAUACUGAGGCUGAUGGACUCUGAGGGAUUGACUAUCUUUCAUGUGAAAAGUCAUUUACAGAAAUACCGAAAUGCAAAGUGUAUGGCAGACUCCGCAGAGGAAAAGUCUCAGAACAUGACUACCAGGAAUGAUCAAGAUCAACAAAUCGACAUACAGACAGGCCUGCAACUCAAGGAAGCGUUAAAAUUGCAAAUAGACGUCCAAAAGAGUCUUCAUGAGCAACUUGAGGUUUAUAAUUUCUUGCUUAAUUCUUUUCACUGGAAAAGAUCAAUAUAUUUACGCACAUUUUGUUCAAACAGAUCCAGCGAAAUCUGCAGUUGAGGAUUGAAGAGCAAGGAAAGCAGCUAAAACUUAUGUUCGAGGAGCAACAGAAGGCAAACAAGUGAUUUAUGAGUUUCAAAAUUUCCUGAUACCUAUAUUGAUUAGAUUGCGGAGAGUUCACUCAGAAUUCUCUUUGUCCAUCCGAGAUUAGUUAGGUUGCUACACGUACCAUAUUGUUUGGUCUUUUUUCUUGUAUUUCUAAAUUUAAGUUGGUCAGGAAGAGUAAAGGAAUAUUUUUACAAA